AUGGAUAAGAUCAGAGAGAAAUUGAGCAACCUCAAGCUAGAGGCCGAAAGCUGGCAAGAGAAGCACGACGACCUCAAGGAAAGCAUGAAGCAACUGGAGCAGGACAACACGGAAAAGGAGAACCAGAUCAAGUCACUAACCACGAAGAACCAACAUCUGGAAGAAGAGGUGGAAAAGCUGGAGGCUGAGCUCGCUGAGAACAAGCAGCUCGCUGAGGACUCGACCAACCUCCGUUCGCACAACGAGAACUUCACCAAGAAGAACCAGCAGCUGGAAGAAGAGCUAGAGGAGAGCGACGCCAAGCUCAAGGAAACCACCGACAAGUUGCGUGAGACCGACCUCAAGGCCGAGCAACUCGAGCGCAAAGUGGUGUCGUUGGAGCAAGAGCGCGACGAGUGGGAAAAGAAAUACGAGGAAUUGACCGCCAAGUACGAAGAGGCCAAGAAGGAGCUCGACGAGAUCGCGGCCUCGCUAGAAAAUUUAUAG